CUCGGCUUUAGUUCGCGACUACCGCUUAUUAAGCGCACGUUACCAGCGAGCAAGGUCCAACGACGCGUUGAGUCUGAUUCGUCAUAGGUAGUGUAGACUCGGCCGCGCGCAAUCAUAUCGGUAACAUCAUUGUCUGGCGUGCAACAAAAAAAAUGCUGUAUCUCCUCGAGAACGUCCCUAAAUUGUAUUACGGCGCGCUGCUGGGCAUUGGCUUUUGCGCUUAUUAUCUCUACGAGGUCGUCAAGACUCCCUUGCUUGUUUGCGCCGAUGGACCGUUCCGCUUCUUUUUGGAAGCAAAUAUUCCGCUCUUGCGAAAUAAAUUCUGGCCGACACUGUGGUGCUUCGAAUCACGAGCACAGACAAUUAUGGCCAGCAUCUUGAGAUCCCGGAUAUGGCCACUUGUGGAAUAUCGCAGGGAAAUUCUUACUCUAUCCGAUGGAGGUGAGGUAGCCUUGGAUUGGGCCGAAAAAGAUUGCUCUGCCACUUCACCGAUUGUUAUCAUUUUACCUGGUCUUACGGGCGGUAGUCAAGCGGAAUAUAUCAAGUGUUUGGUAUCAGCCGCAAGAAAAAUUGGAAUGCGAUGUGUAAUUUUCAACAAUAGAGGAUUAGGUGGCAUAAAACUCAAGACUCCACGAACGUACUGUGCCUCAAACUGUGAUGAUCUAACUGAAGUUAUAGAACACGUAAGGAAACUUCACUCUCACAUUCCACUUGGAGCAACCGGAAUUUCGUUGGGAGGGCUAAUCUUAGGAAACUACUUAGCACAACAAGGACCGACAGCAAAAACCAAGUUAAAAGCGUGCCUUAUUAUCUCCGUACCGUGGAAUGUGUUUGCUGCGACAAAGAGCACCGAAGAAAAUUAUUUUAAUCUAAUGUUAAAUAAGCAUCUAGCUAGUAAUCUGCGUCGCAAGAUACAGCAACAUACUACCGAUAUUGGCCAUUUCAACAUAGACAUCGAUGUACUUCUUAAAAGCCAAACAAUAAGAGAAUUUGACUCGCACUUCACGGCAAAACAUUUUGGAUACAAAAAUGUCGAUGAAUAUUAUCGCGAUGCGACGCUUCACGACAAGUUGCAUCUUAUCGAAGUUCCGACGUUGUGUCUCAGUGCUGCAGAUGAUCCUUUUCAACCGUUGCAAGCCAUACCUCUAAAUGAAAUAAGGAAGAGUAAAACAGUUGCCGCAGUGGUGACGUCGCGUGGCGGACAUAUUGGUUUCUUAGAAGGCUUUUGGCCGAUCAAGGAAGAACAAUACAUAGGAAAGUUUUUCUUGCAAUUUUUUGAAUCAAUAUUUACUAAAGGUUUUGAUUGACGAAAUAAUAAAUCUAAAGUUGAAAUUUGAAUAAACGAUGUAAGAAAAAUAUUCUCUAUCGACUCUUUACAUGAUCGAUAAUAUAUAUAUUUAUAAUAUUACUGAUCAUGUGACCUAUGAAUGAAAGAAGCACUAUAUAAGGUAUAAAUGUUUCCAUUUAUAUUUGACUAUAAAGACAUUAUCAAGUU